AUGCCUGAAAAUAUUGAAAACAAAUCAGAAAAGAAACAAAGUCACAACAGUGUAGAAAAAAGAAGAAAAGAUAAAUUGAAAAUGGCAAUUGAUGACUUCAGAAAAUAUUUGCCAACUUCUAUAUUGAGAAAUCAAAAAUGGGCAACCAUAGAAUACAUGAAACAUUUGGAACAUGAAAACAGUAAGUUGUUAAAGGAAGGAGCUGACAUUGCUAAAGGUGAACUAAUCGUUGACUUGAAAGCUCAACUUGAAAGUUGUUUUAAAGAGAUUGGAAAGCUGAAAAACAUAAUAGAAAAACAAUGUAUAAAUGUUCCAAACCUCGCAAACAUUGCCCAGCACUGGUCUUCCAAGCGAUCAACUGAAAGCAAAUCCUGUCAGGUACAAUGUGACUUCAUAGGAAGUACCUCCAUGCUCAGCAACAACAACAACAUAGGUAGCAGCAGCAAAAACAAAAGCAGCAAUGACAACUGCAACAAAAAUAGCAGCUGCAACAACAAAAAUGAUAUCACUGCCAGCAUUAGCAGUGUAAAAUCUUCCAAAUGUUUUACAAUUUCUCGAUAUUUCAAGCAACCUUCUCUGAGUACGAGCACACUCUUGACUACAAGUCUCACAACGAAGGUGUCUGUUACUACAAUAGAAAGUAGUUCAUCAUUGGCCAGCAUUGUGACAUUCAGGAACGAUGAUAAAAAGGUUAAUAACUUAAAUAGUUCCAGUACAGUUACUGAUCUGGUCUCAUCGAAGAAGAACAAUGUUAACACAUCAAUGACUCCAACAUUCAUUCAAUGUGGUCAGUCCGUCAACUCGUUUGCCCUUCUUUGUCCAUCUGGUCAGAUAUUACCAGUAUCAAAUGCCAGUCUGGGCUUUAAUAUCAUCCCAUUUCUAACAGUUCAACCAUUUGCAAACAUCAAUACAAUUCAACCACAUUCAAAUGCAAGCAUAUGUGAUGUCGGCAAGGAUGAUUGUCCCAUUAAUAUGUUUUCAUCUCAGGGUUGCACAAGUUGUAACGAUGUUUUAAAAGAUGUUAAUUGCAAAAGUAGAAGUGACCAGCAAAAAGGUGGUUAUAGAAACAAACAGCAGGUUCCAAACAGAAGAAGAUUCAAAGUUUUCCAUUGCUGUCAUUUGAGCAGAACAAAUUAUUUACAAAAUAAAUAUAAAUUUAAAUACAGUAAAUUUACAAAAAUUAAGAAGUCUGUGAAAGAAGGCAGUGAAUCAUCAGGAAAUAAUGCUGCUCCUGAAACUAUAGAUGUUACCAGAAAUGAUGAAAGUGAUGUGCAGAGUCAAAAUAGAUCAAGUGUGAAAGGUGUAGUAGAUGAUCAUAACAAUGUAAAUGCUGUUGACGACUUGGGCACUCAAAAUGAUGUAAACGAUCAAAAUGAUGUAAGUACUCAGAAUGAUGUGAAUGAUCAAAAUGAUGUAAGUACUCAGAAUGAUGGUGUAAUGAGUGUUCCACCCACUGAUUCAUCAAUUUCUAACCAGAAUGACGCUGACAACAACAACAUGACGACUGCAUUUUCAACAUCUGAUCUUGAAUCAACCGCACAAGUCAAUAGUAAAAUGAAAAAACCGAUAUGGACUGUAGCAAAGAACAUUGAAGAUCCAACGUGCAAGAUGAAUGAAAUGAAGAGUACAGCAAAUAAAGAAAUUGUGACAAAUGAUAAGGAAGUGAUUAACAACACAACCGACACAAACAUUCCUGAUGCAUCUUCUCAUGAAUCUUCAUUUAUUAACGUUAUGGAAGGUUCCGUCGGUUUCUCCAUGGAAAACAAUGAACACGAAUUUAUUAACCAGAGCUUGGAUAAUGCCCUAUCAAAUGCAGUUUCUCAAUCUAAGAGCAGCUAUCACAACAUUGGAAAUCUGCUGACCAGCUCUAGUACGAAUCUUCAAAUGAGUUGUGAUAAAACGUCUACUAAUAAGAAUAUUCUACAAAAUUAUACGGAAGAUAUCGCUGCUUUUUCUACGAACGCUGAAAAUUAUUUAAAUGAAUCCGUGUUGAACUUUGAAUUUGAUGAUGAUAUAUUUACUUCCAUCAAAGAAACAAAAUCUGUCAGCUCAUCGAAGCAGCUAUUGAACUCAACCAAAGAUUGGGUUGCUAGACAUUCAGACAUGCAGUACAACAAAUACAACAAUGACAACUUCGGUGCAGAUGAUUCGUUCUCAAAUAAUUUCAGUUUCUAUUUACAUGAUAAAGAUUUUCAGCAGACAGGGAGUACUGCAAAUAAUUUUGCAUACAAGUCAACAAGUUUUCAAAAUUUUUGUAGGGUUUCUAAUGACAGUGUUAAUAGCUCAAGUAAUGUUUUGAAAACUGGAAAUUCAAAUCAGAAACUUUCGUUUUGUACAAAUAUGUCGGAGCCAUUUGCUGAUCUCCAAAAAAAUUCGUCAAGCGACAUCACCAAAGCGACAGAUUUCGAAAAUCAAAAAAUUUCAAAUGAAUUAGAUUCUGUUUUUGCAAAAGUGUCAUAUAAUUCAAACCAAAAUCACUGCAGGUUCAAUAUUCUACCUUCUAGCAAUAAUUCUCACAUUUUUUCACACAAAAUUGAAAAUAGUUGCAUCAGAAAAUUUAAUAAUGACAUGAAUGUUCAGUUCAGCUUUUCUCAUGGUGACUCAAUCAAACAUUCUGCCAACAGCGUAAGUAAUGCUCAGUCAAAACAAUUUCAGAAGCCGAAAAUAGUUAAUUUUCAUGUUGACGUUCCAUCAGCAAAUAAGUCUCAUCUUGAAAAUAACAAUAUUUUUAAUAAUGAUAACAUAAAUAACAAUUUUAACAAUGAUAACAGAAAUAAUAAUUUUAAUAAUGAUAAUAGUAAUACUGUUUUUACAAAAUCUUUCGAUACACCAUUAUUUUCAGCGUCUGGUAAGAAAAAUGAUUCUUCCAACUACAACCACUUUGCCUAUCAAAACAAAAAUUUGGUUGCUCCUCCUUCAUACGAUAGUUCUAGUAGUGUCGUUCCAUUUAACGAUCAAACUGACUACCAGACUAACAAGAACAAACCUUUUUCGUUUUAUCCUUUGUCAUACAAUGAAAUGAACAAGCAUCAAAACGACAAUUUUCAUGUUAACAAGAAUGAUCAGUAUCUCGUCAAUAAGCAAUCAUCAUUUGAAUCUAAUCCAGGAUACUUGAAGGCUAACAAUUUUUUUGAUUUUCCGGAAAGUUCUGAUUCUGGAAAUUUUUCCUCAGCAAUUUCUUCUACAAACAAUCUUUAUCCAAUGACAACGUCAAUUAAAUAUCCUGUUACUUCAAAAUAUUAUGACUCUUCAUCGAAUACGUUGAGUUCGCAGUAUUUUUCAGUAAGUACAACAAAAAAUCAAUAUCCCAAUUUUGACUCAAACAGUCAGUACAAAUUAAAGGACGGAUCACAUUUUAACUUAACAAAUAAUUUACCUACAACCUUCACUCCUUAUCUCAACUUGUCUACGAAUUCAGAUUCAUACCCCUUAACCGCUCGAUCGUCUCCUUCAAUACCGUCAAAAUUAACCAGUUCAGUCUUAAAGAAUGUUCAGUACAAAUCUCCAGAUUCUGUUAAUUUAAAUUUUGCCAAACCUUUCUCAAAGCGCCCUAUAUCAAUUCAAAACAAGCUUUCUUCAAAAAAAUAUCCAAAAUUUUCACACGAAUCAUCAAAAUAUCAAAAAUUAGAUUACCAAUCAGGAUACGAUACGUCAAACUUCCCUCCUAAUUUCUACGUAGCAUCUCACGACCGGCCAACUUAUUUGACCAAUGAUGAGGACUUUCUGCCAUCGUACAAUACUUACCAGCCAAAUCCUGAACCAAAUUUAAAUUCUUUUCUAAUCCCUCCUUUGCCUGGUUCACAUCAUCAAUCUAACGACAUCAAAUUAAAUUUUUAUCCCAAUCAUUCGACAUCCAUCGCGGAUUUGACGCAGCAACCUUCUUUGAGCUCAUCUCAUAUUCCGUUAUCUGCAAAACGAUUGCCAUCCGCUCUUCCAUCCAUUCAUCAUUUUGGCAUUAGCAAUCUUUUCACGGACUUGCCACCUCCACUUGGAUUAGGAGCAGAAUCGAAUGCAUCACUUCCUGUCAAGUCGAUGCAGACGGAACCGUUUUUUCAAUCGACGCAUCACUAUCCCUACGACUUCAAUAGUGUUAGUGAUAAUGUAGCUUCCACUUAUUCGCAUCUACCCUCUGCCGUCACGUACUAUCAAAACCAUUCCUUUUUCACAAAUGGCAAUCAUUCUGGUCUGGGUAGUCAACAUCCAACCGCAAAAAAUUCAAUGAGCAUCAACAAUUUGUUGGGCAAUCAAAAAAAUAUUUAA